AACUACGUAACACCUAGCUGCACCUGUUAAGAACUUGAAAAUCUUAUUGCCAAAUGGAAAUGCUGCCACCCCUGAUUCUGCCUUCUCACUCUCGUUUGCCCUUACUUUCUUCCCUUUGAACUCAGCUCCCUUCUGUUUACUGCAAUGCCUUCCAAUGGUCAUUAUUCUCACUUCUGUCUCUCACUUCUGUCUCUCUUACAAAACUAAUUAACGUGUAAAAAAGAGUCCGGAAACACAGUCUGUGGGCCUCCUACAUAAGCGGGUUCCUUAAAAUGCAAAGCUUACACCUUCGCAUUUGAGCAUUUUGUCCCUUCUUUCAUGUUCUACUCUGGACAUCAGCAACGAUGAGAAAUUGGGUUCUUUUGGCUCUCAUUUUCGCGGUUCUUUUCGGUGGAUUUUCUUCAGCCUCAGCCACACAUCCUGCGAAAAUUGUAAGUGUUGUCGUCUCCAAUGUGAUCUCUGCACUCGUCAAGUGGCUAUGGUCACAGAAGUUCAUCAACAAGACAGGUGCAGGGGUUUCUAAUCGUCCCAUGAUGAAAUUUGAGAGUGGAUAUACGGUGGAGACGGUAUUCGAUGGAAGUAAACUUGGAAUUGAGCCAUACUCAGUUGAGGCGUCUCCAAGUGGGGAGCUUCUGCUUUUGGAUUCUGAAAACAGUAAUAUCUACAAGAUUUCAACCCCACUGUCUCGUUAUGGCAGGCCCAAGCUGGUUGCUGGAUCUUCUGAAGGUUAUUCUGGGCACAUAGAUGGGAAGCCAAGAGAGGCAAGAAUGAACCACCCAAAAGGGCUUACUGUGGAUGACAGAGGAAACAUUUACAUUGCUGAUACAAAGAAUAUGGCAAUCAGGAAGAUCACUGAUUCAGGGGUUACAACCAUUGCUGGUGGAACAUGGGGCCGAGGAGCUGGUCACGUUGAUGGUCCAAGUGAAGAUGCGAAGUUUUCAAACGAUUUUGAUCUUGUUUAUAUUGGAGCAAGCUGCUCACUUUUGGUUAUAGACAGAGGAAACCAGGCAAUUCGAGAGAUUCAACUAAAUGAUGAUGAUUGUUCUUCCCAGUAUGAUACCAGUUUCCAUUUAGGGAUAGCAGUGCUUGUUGCUGCAGGACUUUUGGGUUACAUGCUGGCAUUGAUGCUGCGAAGGUUGCGAGCAAUGUUUUCUUCCAAAGAUGAUUCAAGAUCUCCCAUAAAGAAAGUUUCACCAGUGGCAUCGUAUCAGAGGCCUCCUGAAUCAGUCAGGCCCCCCUUGAUCCCACCUGAAGAUGAACCCGAGAGACCAGAAGAGGGAUUCUUUGGUUCAAUGGGGAAGCUUGUCCUCAACACUGGCUCAUCCGUAGCUGAGAUAUUUGGGGCAUUAUUUUCAGGCUCAAGAAGAAAGCCCCUCCUCUACCAUCAACACUACCAACAACUGAAUGAACAUUCAAGGGCAUGGCCCAUGCAAGAGAGCUUUGUGAUACCAGAUGAGGAUGGGCCACCAUCAUUAGAAACUAUACCACUUACACCGAAAAAGGCCUACCCUUUUAUGACCAAGGAUCUGGAGACGAGCCACCAUACCAAGCAAAGUCAAGCUUACCAUAAUGGAUGGGAUGGUGAUUACCGCCAACAACUGCUUUACAGGCAGGAUCAGCAACAACAGCAUCACAUGCAGCAUCAGCAACAUGAACAGCAUCAGCAACAAGAGCAGCAUAGGCAGCAUCAGCAACAUCACAGGUAUUUCUCCCCAAGCCCACAAACUUACCCUGAAAAGAGAUGCAAAACGAAUGAGAUAGUCUUUGGGGCAGUUCAACAGGAUGGACAGCCAGGGGCGGUAGUUAUAAAGGCUGUUGACUGUGGAGAUCCCAUGUAUAAUCACCGUAAUAUUCGACCCCGACUCAAUUAUACAAGUUACCAUCAUUGAUAUCCAUUAUCACUGCUACAUGUUAGCAAAAGGGAUCAUUGUAAACUUUGCAAUGAUAAUAUAUAUAUAUAUAUAUAUAUGAUUGAUGGACAUCAAGAUGAACCUAGUUUUAAAGAUCAUUUGCAAGUUCUAGAUAAGCCAAUUACAAGGUCAAGAGCCAAGAAGAUCAACGAGGCAAUACAAAUUGGUCGUGGUUGAGUUUUUAAACUGAUUUUGGAUUCAAGGAAUUCCAUUCACAUGGGUUCAUAUCAAUGAUGUAGGAGGUAUUCCUGCUAGCUGCUGCUUGUUUUUCAUUUUCAUUUACUCAGGUGUAAUGUACUAAUGUUAGGUCUCCAAAGUAUCAUAUUAAUUUUCUAUUGGCUUGACUUUGACUUUCUUAA